AUGAAAGAUGGACAGUCGACAAAGGACUCAAACAGACUUGUGACAGCCACCGAGAUGUCUAAGUCAGAUCUAGAGGCGGAAUGUAUACUGUCUAAAGAGAAAGAAGACAAAACUACAUGUGAAAGCCAAUCGCCUGGGCUGAGAAUACAGGACAUGUGGUCAUCUGGGCUGAGAAUACAGGAUGUGUGGUCAUCUGGGCUGAGAAUAAAGGACGUGUGGUCGUCUGGGCUGAGAAUACAGGAGGUGUGGUCAUCUGGGCUGAGAAUACAGGAGGUGUGGUCGUCUGGGCUGAGAAUACAGGAGGUGUGGUCAUCUGGGCUGCGAAUACAGGAUGUGUGUGUCUGUCUAAUGACAGACAAGCAGAUAAACCAAUAGGAUUGAUGGAUGUCCCCUUAUCUCCACAGAAGCGGGAGGUGAAGGUGGUACAGGCCCCUCCCCAUGCCCGGGGUCCAUUCUCUCAACUAUCUGAGUGGUGGAGCACUGUACUCCCAAUCCCAGUUGGCUCUGGCCCAGUGGGAGAGAGACAUGACGCUGUGUUUGGAGCUGGUGGGCAUGGGAGGGGAGAGCGGGGACGCGACUCACGGGGCAGAGUAG